GGCGCCGCUGUAGCCCCCGCCCCGCGCCGCGCACACCAUCCCCUGUGGGGCCGGGGGCGCCGCCGGGACUCGCCGCGCCGCCCCGAGGAGCCGCCGCCUCGGCCCCGUUCCAGUGACUGGUUAAAUGGAAGCCAUUCCUGGGAUCUGGAUGGUUUCUACUGACGCAAACUUUGCAUAGCAGCUCCAUCACCUCAGGAGGUUGCAAUGAGUGGAGGAGGGGAUCAGCCUGACAUCCUCAGUGUGGGAAUACUGGUCAAAGAAAGAUGGAAGGUGUUGAGGAAAAUAGGAGGUGGAGGAUUUGGAGAAAUUUACGAUGCACUGGACUUGCUUACUCGGGAAAAUGUUGCACUGAAGGUCGAAUCAGCUCAGCAGCCAAAGCAAGUGCUGAAAAUGGAAGUAGCUGUGUUGAAGAAGCUGCAAGGAAAAGAUCAUGUCUGUAGAUUCAUAGGAUGUGGACGGAAUGACAGAUUUAACUAUGUGGUCAUGCAGUUGCAGGGUCGGAACUUGGCAGACCUUCGUCGUAGCCAAUCUCGAGGGACAUUCACCAUUAGUACCACCCUGCGGCUUGGGAAGCAGAUUUUGGAAUCAAUUGAAAGUAUUCAUUCUGUGGGAUUCCUGCACAGGGACAUAAAACCAUCAAACUUCGCAAUGGGACGUUUUCCAAGCACCUGUAGGAAGUGUUUUAUGCUGGAUUUUGGCUUAGCACGGCAAUUUACCAACUCGUGUGGAGAUGUCAGACCACCACGAGCCGUUGCUGGUUUUCGAGGAACGGUACGAUACGCAUCCAUCAACGCUCAUAGAAACAGAGAAAUGGGCCGGCAUGAUGACCUCUGGUCUCUCUUCUACAUGUUGGUGGAAUUUGUGGUUGGGCAGCUUCCUUGGAGAAAAAUAAAAGAUAAGGAGCAAGUGGGCUCCAUUAAAGAAAGGUAUGAACACAGACUAAUGUUGAAACAUCUUCCCCAAGAAUUCAACAUCUUUCUGGAUCACAUUUCUAAUUUGGAUUAUUUCACAAAGCCUGAUUACCAGCUUCUUAUGUCUGUGUUUGACAACAGCAUGAAAACGUUUGGGGUUGUUGAAAGCGACCCUUUUGACUGGGAGAAGAGUGGAACUGAUGGCUCUCUGACAACAACCACAACUUCAACCACCCCUCAGUUGCACACUCGCCUUACGCCGGCUGCAAUUGGAAUUGCCAAUGCCACUCCUAUCCCAGGAGAUUUGCUGCGGGAAAAUACAGAUGAAGUAUUCCCUGAUGAACAGCUCAGUGAUGGAGAGAAUGUUAUUCCUGUUGGUGUAUCACCAGAGAAAUUACCUGGAUCCCCUGGACAUCAGCGUCCUCAGGAAAAAGAUGUUUGGGAAGAAAUGGAUGCAAACAGAAACAAAAUAAAACUGGGGAUCUGUAAGGCUGCCACAGAGGAAGAAAACAGCCACGGACCAGGGAAUGGAAUGCUAAAUGCCCCAAGUCUUGGUUCUCCAAUUCGAGUUCGCUCAGAGACCACCCAGUUAGACAGAGAUGUUCCACUGGUGCGAAAGUUACGUUCCAUUCACAGCUUUGAACUGGAGAAGCGUAUGACGUUGGAGUCUAAGCCCGACACUGAUAAGUUUCUUGAGACCUGUUUGGAGAAGAAGCAGAAAGACUUGAAAGUGGCAGAGACUCCUGUUGCUGCUGUUCCUCCUCUUUCUCAGAAAACAUCUGUUCCUGCUCCUGUGACUGCCCGCACGGACCAUGUUUGGCACUAUGACGAAGAGUAUCUUCCAGAUGCUUCAAAGCCUGUGUCAGCUAAUUCUCCUGACCAUGCUGAUGGUGUUAUGAGCAAUGGAUUUGUAGCUGUUAACCUAAGCUCCUGCAGGCAGGAGGUUGAUUCUAAGGAAUGGGUGAUAAUAGAUAAGGAACAGGACUUGAAGGACUUCAGGACAAAUGAGGCUUUAGGGCACAAAAUGACUGGAAGUCCCUCAGAUGAAGAGCCAGAGGUACUACAAGUUCUAGAGGAGCCCCUUCCAGAAGAGCAGUCCAGAGAGGGCGGUUGGGCAGGAAACAAUGUCCAUGCCAAGAACCAAACUUCAGGGGUGGAGUUUGUUCUAGACAUGGAAUGUCAUCCUGCUGCAUCUGAACAGCUUACAGAUAAAUUGGAACUUCUGUCUGGAGCUGCAGGACAGCUUCUUGCAGCCACCCCUACAAGUCCUAUGGAAGCUCAAGCAGAAGGAGCACUCACUCCGCUCAACUCAUGUCAUAUGCUGCAUAUCUCCACUCCAAGAAUUUCAAGUCCCAUCCUCCGCACCAUGAGCCCUAUAGCCUAUCUAUCCAUCCACUCGGACCCUCUGAGGGAGGCUGCUUUACCAAGGAGUCAGCCAGCUGAGAGCCACUCCUCUUCCUCCCGCUCAACUGCUCGUAGGCAGCUUCCUGUCAUUCCCUGUGGCAGCAAGUUCCCCCCUGUCAUUUGCAUCUCAAAAGCACAACUUGAGCAGAUAACAAUACCCAGACCUUCAGUGGCAUCCACACAGUCUGCUUCAGAGAGCUUUCACUAUGGCCACCAGCUGGAGAGAAGAGAGCAGGAUGGUCAGUCUGUAGAACACACCGUGGAACUUUCCUCUCCAAAGGAAAGUUUGCCAGGUUUGGUUGGGACAGAAGAUGCACUUCCAGCUAGUGCCAGCAGACCAGAUUUGGAACUUAAUAUUAGCCAAGAGGUGCUUGACAGGGGAGGACUUGUCAAAGAAUCUGUCAGUGUCCUGGACUGUGACCAAAAGGACCUACCUGAACACAAUGGGAUACAGGAAGAGAAAGAAUUUGGAAAUAUUCCUGUGGAGGAGGCUGAGGAAGAAGGGCUUCCAGUGGUUUCUGAGGAUGCCAUUGAAAUGCUAAGCAAAGAACAGAAUUCUUCGUUGCCAGGAAACUCAAAAUCUGCAGAGGAAGAACCUCUAACAAAUACUGAAGCAGCUCAAGAAUCAAAGUCAAAGCCUGUCUCUUUGGUGCCAAAUCAAGAUGAGGUUCUGAAGUCAAUAGCACCUAAAACAUCAGAAUUGUCUCCCUCAAGACUUAAUAACGCACAUGUUAAUAGACAGGCAAAUAAAAUAGCAACUGUUCAGGAAAAUGGUUUUCAUUCUGAUAAGGAGGAAGUCCAUAGCCAAGACCUGAAAUGCCACCAAGUGGCCCUUACUACUAUUUUGCAGCAGGAGAAUAAAAAAGAGAAAAAUGCUCCCAGAAAUGGAGAGUUAUUCCACUGCAUUUCAGAAAAUGAGAAUUCUUAUCGAUCUAAGAAGGACUCAGUUAAAUCUUCUUUUGUAUUCAGGCAGAGUCGAAUCCCAGUUUUAGCACAAGAGAUAGACUCAAUGUCAGAUUCCUCUUCUGUUUCCGCAAAGGAAAAGCUUCUUCUAAAAAAGGCCCAUCAGACAGACUUGGUCAAAUUACUUAUGGAAAAGAGACAGUUCAAAUCUUUCCUUGGUGACCUCUCAAGUGCCUCUGAUAAGUCACUGGAGGAAAAAAUGGCUGCUGCUCCAGUACCGUUUUCUGAGGAUGAUGUCUUAGCUUCAUUUUCUAGAUUGACACUGGAUUCUCAUUUCAGCAAGCAGAAUGAAGAUAGCUCUUUAUCUCCAAGCAGCCCUCAGUCCAGAAAAAGCAAGAUUCCAAGACCAGUGUCUUGGGCAACCACUGAUCAAGUCACCAGUUCAAGUUCAGCUCAGUUCUUUCCUCGGCCACCACCAGGAAAACCGCCUAUUAGACCUGGGGUAGAAGCUAGGUUGCGCAGAUACAGAGUCCUAGGCAGUAGCAGCUCGGACUCAGAUCUUAUCUCUCGUCUGGCUCAAAUCCUGCAGAAUGGAUCUCAAAGACCAAGGAGUUCUACCCAGUGUAAGAGUCCGGGAUCUCCUCAUAGUCCAAAAACACCACCCAAGAGCCCUGUCAUCCCCCGCCGCAGUCCCAGUGCCUCCCCUAGGAGCUCUUCUUUACCCCGUACUGCCAGUUCUUCUCCGUCCCGGGCUGGGAGAUCCCAUCACGAUCAGAGGAGUUCAUCCCCACAUUUUGGGAGGAGUAAAUCACCUCCUAGCCAUUCAGGCUCUUCAUCUUCUAGGAGGUCCUGCCAACAAGAGCACUGCUGCAACAAAACAAGCAAGAAUGGUCUGAAAGGAUCUGGCAGUUCUUUCCACCAUUCCCCAAACACUAAGACUUCCACAGGAAAGAGCAAAUCAACUACUAAGCUUAGCAGAUAGGAACUGGGUCUUGACAGGUAUAAAGUCUCCUCCUAAAUCUGAUGCAUGUUGUGUCUGUGUACUGUGUAUUUAAAAAAAAUAAUCCAAAAAAGGUAUAUUUAAAAAAAGGUGUUGAAUCUGCACAUUUUAAAGAAAGUAGCCAUUGUAAACUAUUCAUGAGAAAACAUUCUGUGUAAAUAAGUGGCCAGGCUUUGCCUUAGAGAAGGCAGCAAGCAGAUCCACAAGAUGGGAAGUAGAGGCUAGGGUAAGAAUGGCUGGGUAGUCAAAGAGGUGCAAUGUAUUUAGAGUGAAAGAGUAUCUUGAAGGUGAGUGUUUUAAAAUGGUAUUAAUCUCAAUGUGUUUAGUUUCCCUAGUUAGAAGAUUUGGCCUAAUUAUUUAAGGCUUUGCAUACUCAAGGAGUAUGUAAGAAAGCCUGAAACAGUUAUUCCCAAAAUGACGUCACUACUCGGGAGAUAAGUACUGUUCAAGCAUUUCUUUGCAGUUUUAAAAAGCACACACUUUAGAAGAUGAUAUUUCUACCUUAUAAAUUUCUUCCAUUUUGAGAUGCACUCACCUCUGAGUCACUGGGUGCUUAUUUUGUCCCCUAUCGUGGCACAGAUUUCUUACCUAAAUAUCAUAUACCUUACCCCUCCUUGGCACUGAUGAAAUUUAAAAAAUUAAUAUUUGACAAGAUUUUUUUGUACCAGUACUAUUUAGAAAUUUGUUUAGCCGUAAUUAGGAUCCAAGAAGCCAGUUCUCAGUUCUAUAUCAUACAGUUUUCUGGGAGUCGUAGGAGGGUUCUUCAAACCACAUUUGGUAGGAUUUGGAAAAGCAUUCCUUCCUAGGAAAUAAGAGAAAGGAGUAGAUGUAUGCCCUUCGCUGGAUGUUACAGAUUUACAGUAAAAUGCAAUAUAAGUUAGAAAAUAAGAACCUUUCUUUACCCCCUCAAUUCAACUAAACAAAGAACCUUUGUUAUUGCUGACUUUUGUUUUUCCAUUAGUUAUGGAUCACUUAAACGACAGAUCUUACAAUGCAGAGAUGAUUACCAAUCUAGUUUUGGGUUUUUGGUCAUUUGUUUUCUAAAAUCAUGAGAGAUGAAACAGAGAUGAGGAAAUUGUCUACUUUAUGAACUUGAUAGGUUAGGGGUGACAGAAAUAUACUUAACAUCCUUACAAAAGCUGAGUAUGAAUAUUAAUCAUCAAAGCAAAAUAUAUGGAAAGAAAUCUGAGAUAUUUAUAUAUUGGAUUCUUGUAAUUCAGUUUGCCAUAUGUGUUUUUGAUAGCCAAGCUUUGUGGACUCCCAGUAAAGUCCAUGGUGUUUAAUUCCUCCAACUUUAUUAGGUAGUUACUUAGUAACAUCUUGUGCUCUGCAGCAACCCUGUAGGGAAUUAAAGGUACGGCACCUUUUGCUAUAUUCAGAAAAGCAUUGCAGGUCAGAAUAGGGACAGACAAGAACACAAGCCUGAGAAAGAUGCAGCCAGCUCUUCUCUGUAAUGAUUCCUGUUGUGGAGACUCUGGAUGCAUAGGAGACUUGUCAAUUACUGAUCUGCUUGCUGUAGUCAUAUGCCUCUCCAGCCAGCAUCUGUGUUUUUUUAUUUAACCUCUGCCAAAUCAAUACCUUUGGAUUUAAAAGGGAAUAUUUUGUCUCUGAGCUAACACAUUCUAAUGCUGCAUUAAAGCUGCCCUAGAGCUGCACUGAAUUUCACUUGCUUUGUCAGACUAUGUUGAUUUUUUUCUUUUCUUGGUAUGUAUGUUGUUUCCCAUAUGUAAUGUAGCACAGUGUGGAACCUUAAUUUCAUUCAGGUUUCAAGCACUACAGAUGAAUGCAAUAGGUAGGGUAUACCUGCUUUUUCUGAAGAAACUGUACCAUUGCAAAGUCCUAUUCCUUUGUAUUAUAUUGUAUAAUAGGUGCUAUACCAAUAAUUGCAUGUCCUCAUAGUAAAUUAUAAAAUAUAAAUAUUUAUAUAUACAUAUAUGUAUAUGCUUAUAUAAACUCAUUCUUUCUCAUUUUUCAUUUGUAAUUUAUGGACCACAAAUAAUACAGUUCCCUUUCUGUUAGUUCCUGUAUACUUACCUCUUCUAUUCUCACCCGCACCCCUGCCAAAAAAAUCCGGAAUGCACAAAGUCUAAUAGCCUUUAUACCUUGGUACAAAAUUGAAGGACUGCUGGUUUCUCAACCAGCCAAUGUUUUGUGUUGCAGCUUGGUUUUUUUUUUUAAUUUCUAAUUUCAUGUGCACAUUUGCAUAUGGAACAAGAACAAAGACUCAAAAGGUAUUUUUAUUUUUUAUUACAAAUAGGUCUUACUCAUUUUUAUUUCAUGAUGUGAGUUCUUAAUUGUGAAUACUUGUCAUAUAGGAACAGUGACUGUCUAUGAAUACCUAACGGCUGAAUGUGACAACAACAAAUUCCAUCUUUUGCUUCCUGUUUUCUACAUGUUUCUUUACGGUAUACCAUAAAAAUAAUUUGGUCACAUUGUGAUGUUUUUGUCCUGGGCACUUGCUGGAAUUAUUUGUUAAGGUGGUGUGGCAGCCCAUGAUUAUUUUUCCUUAUUUCUGAAAAGCAUUCAUUAUCAUCAUGUAAGUUUAUUCCUACGUUACAUUGUCAGUUUUCAUAAGUACUAACUUUAUGCAUCAUUGCCUGAAAAUGCUGAAGUUGAGGUGUUUAUAUUUUCUCUCUAGUGUAACAGGAUCCAGAAACAGUAACUGCUUUACAGGUGAGAAAGCAUAUAACACCUCUUUUAUUGUCUUCAAAGUACAGGCUUGUCCAUUGUUAGACAUGACUAUGUAAAAUAAACCAAUGCUGUAGAAAUUCACUUGUACUUGAACUACUUGACAAUGUAAAAAUAGUAAACUAUGCCAAAAAGAAAAAGAGAAAUCAGUUGUGAUUGAUGACACAGGCUUCUUUUGGUGAUGGAAAAGGUAGAAGGACUGUAUACCCUCAGUUGCUUUUUUGCUAUAGAUUCAACAGGAUCUAAGGAGAAAAUCAUGAAGAUGUGACUAGAGGAGCAAUUGUGAAUAACUUAGCUUGAGCUACCUGCUCUCCUUGAGUUUUUUGUUGCCUGAUACCCUUCUCCCAAAAGUUUACAGAAAUGCUUACUGUAGUCUAACAUAGCAAUCAAUUAAUGUUAUUAAGUAAUGGACAGCUGAUCAACUCAUACAUAAAUAUUAGCUUAAUAUUUUUAGAGGGCCUAUGUAAUAAUUAAGGACUCUGUAAGCCUCAGUAUUUGAAUGUGGAAAUGGCUCUGCAGAAAACCACCAAUGUACAUGUGUGUGACCCUUGUGCAGAAUGUGUGUGAAUAGUUUUGGCAGGUUAUCUGCAACACAUUUUCAGGGACGGGGAAGAUUUUUCUCCAGUGUACAAAAUGUCUGCUGUUACUCUGCAUAGAACACAGCAGUUUAUGUAGGAAUAUUAGCUGGGAAAUAAUAAAAUUCAAGGAGCUGUUGCUUUGUCUUCUUCAAGCCUCGAUUUCUUUGGAGGGCAGUACAAUGGAGCCAUGACAUGUAGCAGGUGUAGAUGCUGCAUGCUCAUUUCCUCUUUAUGGUGUAUUUUGUGUUGUGGCCAGCACUUUAGAGCGUUUUUUAGAGAAACUGAGGCAUGAAGCCUUUAAACUAAAAUAGAACUUGAAAUCACCAAACAUUUCACACAGAGUUUUGUGCUACAAUAUUGCAUGGUAAAAUCAAUCUAAGUUACAAUCUCAAAAAUCAAUAUUAAUUAACCUCUUUAUUAAUUACAAAUGCCAAUUACUACUUAGGUAAAACCCUGCUAGAAUAACAGAAAAUGUGAUACAGUAGAGCAAUGUUGGCAAGUUGUAUGAUGCUAAGCACCUAUCUACGGCUUGAGCAGGAUCAAUAAGCGUAGAAAAUUUCACUGCUCAAAGGCAGGAGCAAGAUGAGGUCUUAACUGCUGCUUAUAUAUAAUUAUACAGGAGGCAAAGCCCUGCAGAGUGACACAAGGCAUUCAUUACAGCCACCAGCCGCAUCCUGUCUUGGGAAAUCUGGACAUAUUCUUAACUUGAAGUCUGCAUGUUUGAGAUCAAGCUUUCUUGCAUACCUCACUAAAGUCUUGAUGUAUAAGAAAGGAUUUGGUCCUAUAUAUUUAAAAAUAGCUUGAAAUAUUUUUCAUCUGAAAAAGACUUGCUGGAGCUCUAUAAUCUACAAUUUGUAGUAUUAUGGUAAUAACUAUUGCUGGGAAAACACACAAUUUUGAUUUUAUAUAUAUAUAUAUAUAUAU